UCCUUUUUUCCCUGCUUUGCAACUCGCAAGCCAUGUGUGCCCAGCCCUGCCCAUGGCUACAGUGUCACCCGUGAUGGCCACCAGGAGCGCCCACCCCGGAGAUAAGCCCUCAAGAAAUUCAAUUAUGUGGGCCUCCUCCCCCCAAAAAACUUAUUUUUUAAUUUUUCACAUUUUUCUCACGAUGCACUUUGCAAAUAUACUUAUCCAUUCUUGCGUAACACAUGUUUGUUUGAUUAAGGUUCUCCUGUGGUUAUUAGUUUGGGAAUAGAUGACCUAAUUCGCGGCCGAACCAAAGUGACCCCAAAUUAUUUCUGAACCUGGCGCAGGAAAAAAAUGAAGCCCCCCCAGUCAACACACACACACGUCAAUUACACCACAUGAAGAAAUGGGUAUACAAUUGCUAACCUGCAUUCUAGCAUGUGUCACUUUAACCCUCAAUGUGCUAGCCUUUCGUAACGGGAGGAUUAUCAAAAUGCAAAAUUUUACGAACGUUAAUUUGAAGCAAUGGGGAAGCGUAGGAGAUGCGAAAGGCACAAGGGAUGUUCGGACAUCGGGGAGAAAGUUAUUUUAUUCGUUGAACAAAACCCCAAAGACAAAUGUUACAAUUAGGCACAGCCACGUCCACAUGUCUUUAAAAGAAAAAAUGAAUUUCAUUUUUCAAGGCGAAAGUGACAUUACGUUGUUGGACAAACUGAUUGCCUCCACGAGUUACAUACUCCCCUUCAUGGAUGCUAUUCAGGCUUUCGUCAUGCCACUCGUAAAUAUGCUCCCGUCGUCGCUACACAAAUACCUGUUCCAAAUUGAAAAACUAAACCAGCUGUACUCUUCCAUCCCCUUCCUAUCCUUUGGCACCUUCAUGGGUCUGUACUUCCUGUUCGUCAAAGAGAACCGCUUCAAGUUUCACUAUUUUAUUAGGUACCACCAUAUGCAGAGUUUAAUAUUGUCCAUGUUUGGCUAUGCGCUGGCUUUGUUUUACUUCCGAGUUCUUCCCUACUCCUACAACGACACGGACAUUUUCAACUUAACCAUUUUGUACUCCACCAUGGCCAUCUACUUUGGCUCGCUGAUCAUUCCAUUCCUCUCGUCUUUGCUUGGAUACUACAUCGAAAUACCAGUCAUAUCCGACGCUAUUAAGCUACACAUAGGCGAAAAAAAAAAAAAACGAGUGAAGCAACACAACUGA